AUGGUCACUGUUAGAUGUUCAAAGGCAAAUUACUCCUUGUUUACUAAGAAGGAAGGAAGUUCAUUUGUGGCUUUAUUGCUUUAUGUGGAUGAUAUCCUGCUUGCUAGCAGUGAUUUAGAGGCAAUUGAAUCUGUAAAAGCAGCCUUAACUCUUCAAUUUAAAUUGAAAGAUUUGGAACCAACCAAGUUCUUUCUCGGGAUGGAGAUUUCAAGAUCACGAAGUGGCAUUUCUUUAUCUCAAAGAAAAUACACUCUAGAGCUACUAGCAGAUUUUGGUUUGUUAGCUGCUAAACCUAUUUUGUUCCCAAAGGAUACUCAUGUUAAAUUGUCAAAAGAUGAAGGUGACUUGGUUGAUGAUAUUUCUGGUUAUCGAAGAUUGAUUGGCAGAUUAAUUUACCUCACUCAUAUGAGACCAGACAUUACUUUUGCAGUUCACCAUUUGAGUCAAUAUCUGGAUAGUCCUCGAAUACCUCAUUUUCAAGCUGCAAUGAGGAUUCUUAGACACUUGAAAUUAGCUCCUGGACAAGGUCUUUUAUUUCCAAGUCAUUCCAAAGUGCAUAUAAAGGGAUUUUUAGACUCAGAUUGGGCAAGUUGCAUAGAUACUCGCAGGUCAAUCAGUGGGUAUUGUGUUUUCAUUGGGGAUUCUCUGGUAUCUUGGAAAUCAAAAAAGCAACAUACGGUUUCUAGAUCAUCAGCAGAAGCCAAGUAUAGAUCAAUGGCAUUUACACAUAUUGAGGGUCGUUUUUUUCCCACAAGGAUAAGCAUUAUUUUCAUUCUUGGAGGCCCCGGAGCCUCCACUCUUUUUGUCAGGACCAAGAAUCCGACUGAUGUAGGGGUUCAUCAGGAAUUCCAUGCAGCUCCAAGUCGUCCUCCAUGA